GUACGCUGUGGUUCGCCAAUGGUCUUACGUGUGUUUACGUUAGUGUCGUUUGUAGGUUAUAUUAUUAAGUUUUGCGAUCUUUAACUAUUAAGAUUCUACUUUAUACUUGCACAUGUGAAAGAAAAAAUACAUUUGAACUACAUAUUCUCGGAAAAAUUUCAAAAUGGGUCGACGCUCCAUAAAUACCACUAAAAGUGGGAAAUAUAUGAAUCCCACUGAUCAAGCAAGAAAGGAAGCUCGAAAAAAGGAAUUGAAGAAGAACAAGAAACAGAGACAAUUGGUGAGAGCUGCUGUUUUGAAAGGGAAAGAUCCUAGUCAAAUUAUUGAGGAAAUGGAAAAGAUAGAUCAGAUGGAAUACAAUGUGAUGCAACCUCCACCAUUAAAUGAGAAAGUUCUAAAGGAUAAAAGGAAGAAAUUGAAAGAAACUUUGGAUAGGGUAUUGAAGAUGUAUGCCAAAGAUGACCAAGAGAAGUGGGGCGAGUUGAAGGAUCAAAUGAUUCAAUAUGAAAGGCGCAGAUUGGAGCUUGUUUCUUAUUUUGAGGCAGUUAGACAUGCUCAACAGGUACAGGUAGAUGAAAUUCCCUUACCAGCCACAGGCAACGAUAUAAGCAGAGCUUAUCCAGGCUCUCUGACUUCUCAAAUUCCAUUACCAGACAUGCCCCAGCCUCUCAUGCACUCUUUCUCCUCACAUCCGCAUUAUUUGGCCCAGCAUCAUCCUGUGGUCAAUAUACCAGUACCUCCUAGUAUCCUAAAAAAGACAAGCAUAUACUCAUCAGUUGCAGCCCCCAAUGCAGCACCCAUUGACAGGGACCCCCCCGGGGUUCCACCUUUCCCUCCUCCAGAUCUAACUGUGAGCGAUGAUGAAGAUGACGACCGGAUCAAACCUAGUCACAAGUCAAGGACCAUCAGGUUUGCAGACGACGAACGAGCAGAAAAGGAUAGACGAGACGACGAUGAGAAGGAAACUGAAAAAGAAAAAGACGCUGAUUUGUCAAAGGUUAAGCCAACGAGUUUGCAGCAGAAAAUGCUGGCAAUGGCCGGGCAAGAUAUAGAUCAGUUCAUGAAAGAAAUGGAAGUGGUUCAUAAGAAAAGGGAGACGGAACGAGCAAACGAUUUGAGCACACGAUUAUCGCUGCUGGAAAGUGAAUCGGUGACGAAUAGUGAACAAGAGAGCCAGUCCGAUAAAUCAAAACCAGAAAUGGCUGGUGUAUUGAUACCCAGCAACCCGAGUUCGCAGGCACCGAUGCCCUUGAUGGGACUCCCCCCUCCGCCGCAGCUGAUGUAUCGACCACCUCCGCCUCCUCUGCAUUUGAGGAUACCUCCACCGCCGCCGCCUAGAAUAGGAAUAAGACUUCCACCAGGACCACCACCGGGUAUGCCUAGGAUGCUGCGACCGGGUGGACCGAUGCCGAUGCCUAGGGUAUUGGGGCCGCAAAUGCCUAUGCCGGGUAUGCCACCGCCACCGCCAGUGGGCACAGGCGUGUCGAGCAUGUUGAACGUCCAGAAAACUCCGAACGUGCUAUCGGCUGCGCCGCAGCUGAUCAGUGCAAGAAAGGACAAGGAUAGCGGCAAAAACUCGACCACCAUCGAGGCCAAGCCACAAAUCAGGAAUUUGGCGGCCGACGUCACGAGGUUCUUACCAACGUCGUUGCGCGUGAAGAGGCCGGAAGAUUGCAAAAAGAAGGCCGCAUCAACGCUGCCCGUGCGGCUACCGGAGAGACUGCCGGUCGAGCUUCCGAAUUUCGCCAAACCGCCGCAGCCGAAAACUAAGGACGACGCCUACUUGCAGUUUAUGCAAGAAAUGCAGGGCUUGCUGUAAGCUGCGCGCGAAUGCUCACAGCCGCUCGAUUACUAAUAACUAUACCUUAAUUUUGUAAUUAUUCAUCUCCUUUGAUUGUAAUAUAAUUUGGUACUCGA